AUGAAAUAGAGCAUCGAUCCUAGUGAAAGUGAAAAUCAGACUACCUAGCUUUGUUUGAUUUACUCUCCGGAACCACAAAAUAAGACAUUGCUUAGUCCUAAGGAUUUUAGAAUCAGAAAACCGGCUCCAUUGGUCUUGAAACCCAUGUUAUGUGAUCAAUAGGAGGACUCAUAAAAGGCAGUGGGAUGUGAAUACAAUUUCAAAGAUUUGAGAUUGGGUAAGAAGAUUGGAAGUGGGGCAUUUGGAGAUGUGUUUGUAGGAUUCAUCUAAGGUAAAUUUAUUGCUGUGAAAUAAAUGGAUGGAAAAUAGUUAAUAGAUUCAGUGGAUAAUGAGAUUAUAAUAUUGUCGAAAUUGACACAUAAAAACAUCGUAUAAUAUUAUGGAUACAUGAGGGAAGCAGGGAUGUUAAAUGUCUAUUUGGAGUAUAUGGAUGGUAAUCUUAUAUAAAGUAAAAUAGGCGGCAGUUUGUCUGAUAGACUGAAAUAGUUUGGAAAGUUCAAUGAGACAUUGAUAAGAAGAUUUACAAUUUAAAUUUUGGAUGGAUUAAUUUAUUUGCAUCGAUAGGCAGUUGUGCAUAGAGAUUUGAAAUGUGGGAACAUUCUGUCUAAUCAAAGAGGGUAGAUAAAAAUAGCCGAUUUUGGAUCGUCGUCUUGGAAAGAAGCAAUCAAUUUGUCAGAUACUGAGUUUUGUUAGUCGAUGAAAGGGUUAUUAUACAGUAAUAUCGUAGUUCUUUCAAAUGGAUGGCUCCGGAACUGCUUUUGAAGGAAAAGAAAUAUGGAAGGAGAGUCGAUGUAUGGAGUUUGGGAUGUGUGAUCAUAGAGAUGGCAACGGCAGAACAUCCAUGGUAAAUGCAUAUUUUGUAUAGAGAUUUAGGCCGAAUAUAAAAUCUCUAGCAUAGUUGUUAGAGGCUAUAUAGAAUUUGAAGUGUCCACCAAUACCCACUCAUCUCUCGAAAGAAUGCUAAAACUUCAUCAAAAGAUGCUGUACUUAUAAUAAAGACUAAAGACCACAUGCUGAAAUAUUGAGGGAAGAUCCUUGGAUAAAAAAAGAAAUUUGA